AUGUCGUCAAAAGAAAUUUUAAAUAAACUUCAACCUUCCAGCUACUGGGAAAGGCCGUACACGCAGUGGGGAAUAAAUACUUGGGAACUCUUCUAUUCCGAAGCAUAUCCUGAGAGGUUAGUGCUUUUACACGUUCUCAAAAAUGUGGAAGUGUUAACGAGAAUAGUGUGCUACAACCUGACCCAUCGAGCUUGGAGAAGAAGAGCGUUGAGCCGUCGUGAAUGCCUUAUCUCACUUCCUCUACGGCGUGCACAUCAUCGGCUUACCGAACUAGAACUAUUUCGAGUAGUUCUUCUUACUCCCAGAUUGCUUAGUAUUACAACUAAUAGCACAACUACUUCAGCUACAUCAAGGGUACCUGAAAAUCCAGUGAAAUCAUGGGAUACUUUUCUUGCUGACGCAUUUUCAGCUUCAUUGUUAAUUAGUGCAAGUAGAAAGUUCAACAUACCCAAAAUCAUUCGACCGAUUGCAUCCAUUGAAAGUACAACAAUUAAACUAUUUUUACGAAUAAUGGAACAAAUAAACAACCAAAGAUUAAAAGGUCUAUCAAAGCCAGCAAAUGCUAAUAAUAAUGAGUUACUACACUCUAUAAUUGACACAAAGUUACUCACCACUGAGAUAAAUAAAGGAAGAGUCAAAAUUACCGAUGAAAGAGAGGAGUUGUUUGAUCUUUAUAAUGGUGUGGUUGACAUAGUAGAUUAUGGCACAGAAGAUUAUACUAAAUAUGAGAAAAUUAUAAAAAUCGUUCAACAAGCUUUUGGGUAUAUGGCGAAUGCAAAUAUCAUCUAUAUAUCCCCUAUAGUUCCUAUCAAUCAACAACACAUAGAAAGUCAAGCCUCAUUUUUAGAAUGUCCUGAUCAUGGGAAUAAUCAAGAAGAUUUGGAUAGUUCAAACUCAGACCAGUCAAAUCAUGAUUCUAGUGAUGAUUAUAAACCAAAGUUUAAAUGUAAAAAAGUUAAUAAUUCAGAA